UUGAUUGAGAGCUACACAAAAUUCUACUUCAAUUUGGGAUUCACUGUCACAACCCUCCAAAUUAAAUAUCUGUGUUUCUCAUUUAUAUUCUCUCUUUUCUCGUAAAAAAAGGCUUCCAAUUUUUUCCCAGUUUAAUUUCCUUACAUUUACAUUUGAAAACCCAUCAAUUUUUUGUUUUUGUUCUCUCCUGCUAGAUUGUGGAUCCGGAUCAUUUAAUAUUUUCUCUACAGCUUUGAUGAUUUUAAGGAUUUCUUUCUGUCUCUGAUGUGUGUCAGCACAGGUGGAAUUUGUCACCUACUGUAAUUAAUUUGAGUUCUUUUUUGUUUUCUUGAAACACCCAUUAUAUGAAAAUUGGGGUUUCUUAUUUUCUUUAUGAAGGAUUGAAGGAGUGGAAGUCAAAAAUUGGAUCUUUGUAUCUUAUUAUUGCUGUUCUUGAAGACCUAAUCUCAUCUGCAAUGGAGUAAUAUGGUGGUGGGUGUGUUUGAGAAUUGAGAUGAGCUCUUAUUGAUGAAGGAAAGUGGUUUGAUGAGGGUUUUGUUCUGCAAGAUUCACUGUCCAUUCAUUUGUUUCUGCAAGCCCUCUGCUGCCCAUCUUUACACUCAAGCCCAACUGAAACUGGAAAAUACCCCCCAUGUCCCUUCUUCAACUGUUGUUGCUGGUGAUCCCUCUGGAGAGAUUGGUGAGGCUAAAGAGGAGAGUCUACAGGGGAGUAAGCAGCAAGCUGCCAUUAAUGGUGGGCGUAGAAGCUGCAUUAGAAAGGCCCCUAAGGAGAUUGAGAAGAAGAAGAGUGUACAAUGGGUGGAUAACUUGGGGAAAGAACUGGUUGAGAUCAAGGAGUUUGAAACCAGUGAAACAGGAGACACCGAUAAUGAAGAUGAAAACCGACAAUGUUUUUGCGUUAUUCUUUGAUGGCAACACCCUUAGUCGGUGGCCAUAGCGCUGACAAGAAACAAGAUCGAGUAGCUGGAAAAUUGGCCCCAAUAUUCCCAACGGUAACUGGUUAUGAUUUGGAGAAGAUCUGUACAAGGUUAAAGCCCAUCGUCUUUGCACCGAUUUUGGCUGCUAUAUCCCGACAUUGAUAGAUAUUCCACAACUAGAUUUCCUCGCCUCUGAUCCACCACAGACUUCAGUUGCAAUCCGAGACCUUCGGCUGCUAAACCUCAACUGCCCCGUGCGCUUUCUAUAUUAGCUGUUUGAUGCGGCCGAAUAAAGCUUACUUAGAGAUCAUUUUUCUGCAAUUAUCAGGUUGUAUUCAGUUUAAGAAUCCUUUGGUCACCAUUCAUCAAAACAGAUAAUUGUUAGCCUGUACCAAGAGCUGAGAGCAAUCUUUAUUUGUAAUCAAACUUGAUUGUUCUGAUCUGCCAGCAAUAAAAAUGAUUACAGUUCAAACCAA